GCUUCUUCCCCUGUCCUAACGCGCAUGUUCCCCGUAGUUUCCUGGAUUUUCCUGACAGCCCCGUUACCGGAGUGAAUUCGUGUCGACUGCCCAGAGUCCGCGAAUUCAGGUCCGACCAAAUUAGACUAAUUGCAUUCCAAAUCCAAUAAAGGACAUUUUGUCAAGGACACCGCACAGCGCCCAUUUAAUUACGCGUUGCAGCCGUUAUGUCUCUGCAUCAGUUUCUCUUGGAACCGAUCACCUGUCACGCCUGGAACAAGGACCGAACUCAACUUGCCAUUAGUCCCAACAAUCAUGAAGUCCAUAUCUACAAGAAGAGUGGGAAUCAGUGGGUGAAAGCCCAGGAAUUGAAGGAGCACAACGGACACAUCACGGGCAUCGACUGGGCGCCUAAGAGCGACCGCAUCGUGACCUGCGGCGCUGACCGUAACGCCUACGUGUGGAGCCAGAAGGACGGGGUCUGGAAGCCCACCCUGGUCAUUCUGAGGAUCAACCGCGCCGCCACGUUCGUCAAAUGGUCCCCGCUGGAGAACAAGUUCGCUGUGGGCAGCGGGGCUCGGCUCAUUUCCGUGUGCUACUUUGAGUCUGAGAAUGACUGGUGGGUUAGCAAGCACAUCAAGAAACCGAUUCGCUCCACAGUCCUGAGCUUAGACUGGCACCCCAACAAUGUGCUUCUGGCCGCUGGGUCAUGUGACUUCAAAUGCAGGGUGUUCUCCGCCUACAUCAAGGAAGUGGACGAGAAGCCACCUCCCACCCCCUGGGGGUCCAAGAUGCCUUUCGGGCAGGUGAUGGCGGAGUUUGGCGGGGCCGGGAGCGGGGGAUGGGUCCACAGCGUCAGCUUCUCGGCCAGCGGGAACCGGCUGGCCUGGGUGAGCCACGACAGCACCGUGACCGUGGUGGACCCCACCAAGACCUCCACGCCCUGUCAGCUGAAGACUGAAUUCCUGGCUCUCCUGAGCGUGAUGUUCGUGUCUGAGAACAGCAUUGUGGCGGCGGGCCACGACUGCUGCCCGAUGCUGUUCAACUGCGACGACGGCGGGACCCUGAGCUUCGUCUCCAAGCUGGACAUUCCCAAGCAGAGCAUCCAGCGCAACAUCUCGGCCAUGGAGCGCUUCCGCAGCAUGGACAAGAGGGCCACCACCGAGGACCGCAACGCGGCCCUGGAGACACUGCACCAGAACAGCAUCACCCAAGUGUCUAUAUAUGAAGGAGACAAAAGAGACUGUCGUAAAUUCUGCACUACAGGAAUUGACGGAGCAAUGACCAUAUGGGAUUUUAAGACUCUAGAGUCCUCUAUCCAAGGGCUGCGCAUCAUGUGAAGGAAAGCACAGCCAACUAGCAGGACAUCCCCAGCACUGGGACUUGAAGAUUUUACACGAAGAAUUUCUGACGACACUACCGAAAGUUUAUCUAAACAUAAGCACUGAGAGAUGACGUGAACUGCCACGUGACGUCAUUGUAUAUUUAAAAUGUGGAAGAGGAAAAGGGGGGGGUCUGGGACCAGUGGUUUUACCUUAAGGGUGUCUGAUGUUCUUGAAUCUAUGCCAGAAGUGGUACCUCAGGGGUGAGGUAGUGGGUGAAGGCACUCUGCCUCUGGGGGUAUCUGUAAAACAGUAACUUGCAAUGGGAAUUUUAUGUAAAUGGUCUCUAGAAAUAAAUGAGGUGUAGUACA